CCAGCUUCUGGGGAGACAGUUCAUUGAUACCAGCUAGAUCAGCAAGGGAAUUUGUUUGAUGUGCUUAAGAGAUUGGUAACAAUAGCUUCUAACGUGACUGUGUUGCGAGGUGACAGUGUUUCCUUGGAGACAGUGAAUCUAUACAGCCCCAGCCAGGAUCCUUGCAGGUUACCUCUCUGCAGAGGAUGUAGAACUACCUCUCUAUGCAGGGGCAAAGAUGGGAAGAUAAUCUUUGACUGUAGACAAGUAGCCUUAUGCAAGAUGCGAGGAUUUUAUGCAACAGCAAGACAUGUCUGAAAGUUCCUCAGGUCUGACUAGAAGCAAUCAAAAAUUCUGUGAAUCCUGUGCAUCCUGCUGCUCCUUCCUAAGCAAUACUCAUGGUGUUCCACCAGUUUUAGCACAAAACAGAGGAUUCAUCAGGCAGAACUCUGAUUCUGGAUUACCUUUCCCACUUCCUUCUGAUUCCUUCAAAUAUCUUGGCUGGUGUGACAUAGAAAAACAUGAUGUUCGAGGGAAUCAUCUUCAUUGUCCCCGAGUGAGAGAAGGGCCUUCAGAAGAAGAGCUAUUUUUCAGAGGAGAAGAACAUACUUUGAAAAAAAGAAAACAAGUAACUGAUACAGAGAAGUGGCAAAAGAAACUACAAGAGAACUGGGAAAACUGUGCUGAGUUGAACCUUUCAUUUCAGGAUCUAGGAGAUCUUUACCAGAUGGAAAACUUCAAAAGAAUUCUUCAAAGAUUAAUUCGGGUGGAAAAACUUUGGUUGAUGGACAAUUCUUUGACAGACCUAAGUGCCAUAAGGUUGCCAAGAUGCAGAGAACUAAAUGUCAAUAAAAACCACUUUACAUCCUUCAAACAGCUGCCAAAGAUACCUCAGAUUCAGCACUUAUCACUUGCUGAAAAUAACAUUAUGACACUAAGUGGAAUAUCAGACUUCAGACAUUCUCCACUUGAAUCACUUAUACUCAAGAGGAAUCCCUGUGAGUUUCAAGAAAGAUACAGACAACUUGUAUUUUCCAGUUUGCCAAAUCUGAAAAUGCUGGACGGUAUCCCAAAACUGCCAGAAGACUGUUCGCCCCCAGACAUCAGAGUUUUUUUCAAAGUAUGUACUAUACUCUAGCACUGUAUUUUUGUAGGAUCGCAGCUGUGCUAGAAUCACCUUACAAUACAAUAAAUCCUGUGUCUGGAAGUUACUAUUUUUUUCUGAACAAAGAAAUACUGAAGCAGAAAGAUAAUUUUUUUGAAUGUGUUUGUCAUACUACAGUCUUCACGUAAGUAUGGAUAAAUGGCAUGUAAAUAAGACAUAAUGUGUGUACUGAGUAUCAUGAAUUUGGUGUAUUAAAAAUAUUGGGUGACUUUCUUGUCUAGAAACUCUAUGUAGACAACACUGGCAAUUAUUACUCCUGCUACAUUUACUUAAAACAUGUCCCAAGAUCAAACCAUAUGUCCAUUGUGGAAGAUGGUACAAGGAUUAGUACCCAGUCUGCAAAGAAAAGGGGGGAAAAAACUGAGUGAAUGAACAAAGCAUAUAUUUUUCUUCUUUAUGUCCCACCAAUGCUCUAUAAUGCACUUUCAUAGAUAGGAAAAGCAGAGCCACAGCAAUCAUUUUGCCCCUUGGAAAUAAAAAAAAAGACAAGAACUCUUUGCUUGGGAGUUUGGUACAGCUAAGGAGCACUGGGAGGUAAAUAAUGAAAAAGGAAAGAAAUCUUUUCACUCAUGCUGGCAUUGUUUAGGAAUGUCUUGUUGUUUAACAGAGAUUCCUCAAACCAAAGUCACAGUGGGGGAAAAUAGCUGUGGAAGCUGACGAGGGAUUUGUAAGGGCCCCCAGGAGUUGAAUGCAAUUGUCUUUGAGAGGUGUUUGUCCUUGCCUUUCAUUCAUUUGCUGUUCAAUUUUAGCUUUUUUUUUUUUCCCAGACAGAUCAUGCUGGCACACAAAUAGCUGUGCCACUAGUGGUUCAGGAAAAGAAUGACAGUCUGGAAAAUGAAGACAAUUAACAGAAUUGCCUAAUUCCAGAGACAGUCAAUAAAUUCUCUGCUGUGUAUUGGCUGCAGGCUCAGUUUGCUUCAGUUAGAUGGGGAGGAGUAAUGACUGCUCAGCCUUGUAGAGCUCUGCAGUGCUGUGGCUUAACUGCAGAAAGGUCACAGCAGCUCAGUAUAAUGUCUGUAUGGGACCAGGGCAAGAGAAAAGAGCAGCUUGAAAAGUUUCCAGGCUCUCCUUUCAGACUAUUCUUACCUUUCCCGCAGCAGUCAAAACAGUUAAUCGAAAUAUUACAUGAACUAGAUCACAAGAUUUUGAGUGUAUAACAGUAUCUAGCUCAGAGUAUUUGCUACAUCUGUGAAAGACAAAAGACAAUGGACCACUGCAAACUGGUGUUAGGCUGACACUCAGGAAAUAUUGUUGCAAUUCAUAGAAGCAAACUACUUCCUUCCCAGCAUUUACACGCUCACAGGGUUCGAUAACUAGAUCCAGUCAGUUUAGUCCAGCCAGAACAGACCAUACUGUUGCAAACCCCUCCGUAAAAAUACUACCAAAUCAAGAUGGUACAGUUCAACAACACACAGCAACAAGCUUUUACAGAUUUGGAAGAGAGAUUGAUGUGGUUUACACAGAAAGAGCAAGGCAACCAGAGCUUUGAAAUCAACAUAAAAUAUGCACUGUUGUGUUUAGUAAUAGAAAGGGUAAAAAAAAAAAAAAAAUGGAAUAUAUUCUUUUGACUGAGGACAAAUGUGAGAAAACACCGUGUCCCCUGAGGAAAGAGCACCUGAAGGACCACCCUUACUGACCCAGCCAGAGACAGACUGUAGGGCACAGCUGAAUCCUGACUGCUGUGAGGCUGUGUGUCUGGAGACGGGAAAGGAAAAUAGUCUUUUCCCAAGGUAACAGACAUCAGGGAGCAUUCAAAUAAGGAAAGUUCACAUCACAACAAAAAGCACUCAAGGACUAGUCUCUCUUCCCAGAAAUCAGCAUUGGAAAGUGAGAGCUAGGAAAUUACCCCAGUCCCAUGGGCAGACGUUUCAGUUACAAGCUCCUAAUGAAGCUAUCACCCACUUCUUGCACGUGUAAUUAGGAGAUGGUCAAGUCUUUCCUGGGAACAGGCUUUCAGGCUUUGCUCUUUAGACCUGAGUGCUGGGUCAGUUACAAGAAAGAGGCACAGGCGGUGAUUUAUUCUUUCCGGACAGGAAGUUGGUUCUACUCUCAUAAUUUUUCCUUUCAUUAUUUUUAUGGUCUGGCUUUGGUAUCCCAGAGAAAUACGAGACAAUAUCUGGGGAGCCUUGCUGAUUUUAUUUAAAGUGCAUCCAGGAGCAAGAAUGUACUGGUAAUGUUUGAAACACUUUGUCACAAUGAGCUUUAAAUGAGAUGUUCGCUAUCAACAAUGUCACAUGGGAAACUGGGAAAAAAGAGCAAUUAGGUUCCAGCUGGUUGACUGGACAACAGCCAUAAGACCAAAGAAGCACGCUGGAUGCAUUUCAACAUUACUGGUCAACUAGAAACCCUGGCAGCAGGAACCUUUUGGAACUGGCCUCAAGUUCAUGCCAAACCAGGGAUAAUUUAAUAUACAUUUUGGGUUCUAAAUUAGAUUAUUACUAUCUAACUUGCUUUUCCUGCCAAACUUACGCUUACCUUCACUCAAGAAGAAAUGGGCCUGCAGCGAAUUACUCUGGAGUUUUACUGCCUUACUUUUCCACAGUUAUGUUACGGUGUGUUUUAAUCUAAAUCCAAUCUAUGACUUCAAGAAAAUGUGGAAGGAAAGGAACAAAAGUAGAGCCUUUAUUUUGCCAGAGCUUCAGAGAUUUCAUCUGUUGUGACUGCACUCUGAAAUCUAAAAUAAUAGGUACCACCUGUAAGCUCAGUAUUGUGAAGUCAAUUUCCAAUUUUUCACAAGUAUUCCUUCAAAAAUGACAUUUCAUGAGAAUUUAGCAAAGUGUUCUCGAAGUCUUGCCUAGCAUCGUGCGGCUGGGCUGUCAGAGCUCAGAACUGAGUUCCCAAGUCUUAUUUUAACUGUUUCUUCAUUUCUCAGUAUGUCUAAACCUCUCAAUAGAAAAUAGAAGGUGAGAAAUAUCAAAUCUAAAGACAGAUUCCUUAAAUGAACAGGGAGAAAACUUUUCAUUUAAUCCAUUGAUUACAAUCCCCAAAAUUCCAGAGCAGGGUUUAAAAAAAUCUGUAUUACAGUAAAUGGGUCAUGGGAGCAAAGGAAUUUGUAGCAGAAAGAAAUCAACUACUGAUGGCAUUUCAAGGAUGACUUUUUUCAUAUACACAUUAACAUUGCAGUACACAAAGCACAAACGCCCUGUGUUCAUCUUGGUCCAAAUUACUUAAAUCACUCAAGAAAUAAAGACUUUGAGACAAUAUUGUUCUCCAGGACUGUGUAUUGCAGCUCUGGUAUUAGAUGUGAAUACAGUGAAGAGGAAAGCAUUGGCUUUCCUAGCAAAAGAAGACCUUGCAAAAAUAUCUUCUUUUAGUUCUUUACACUGUGCUUUGGAAACUAGGAGAGUGCAUCAGAGGCAAAUCAGAACUGAUCAGUUAAGCUUGUAAUUGAUCAUUACAAAUGUUUACGCAAAUGGCUCAGGCCUAAACUUAUACAGCUACAAGGAGUAAAUAACUUGUCAGUGAUUCCCUAGAGCUUAGCCUGGUAGUGCUGGAGCACCGAAUGGUUGUACGGAGAUCAAGUGACUUCCUGAGGUCCUUGUCAACUCUCAGGUCACUGUAUUUGUAUCAAAUUUUCAUGGCACACACUUGGCAAUAUGCUGUGGGAAAGGAUCUGGGUGAUGCGGUAGCUCACGGCACUGGCUGCAUCAUGAGCCAUGAACAGCUGGCACAGAGCGCUGUGCUCCGACAGUUUGCUGGCACCCGACUGCACGGCAGGCUCAGCUUUGGCUGCUGCUGAAGACAGUCUUGCUCUUCUUCCAUGGACCAACUUGCAGGUUCCCAUGGCCAGGAAGGGGAUUAGUUUUCUUUCGUCUACCCUGGCUCCUGUUUGUGGUACUUGUGUAUUAGUGGCCAGGACAGCAGUGCUUCCAGGACUUGUUUAUUCCCUCACUGAACACAAGUGACUGACUUGACCAAAGUCCUUCCCACACUUAAUUCAACCUCAAAACUUCCAGUGACUUCAAAUCUGCAGAAGCACAGCUUUAUUCUUCCAUGUGGGAGCAGAGAAGGAAAGCAACUACCUACAAAUCGGUGAUCAGGUUACCAAAAAGGGCACUAUAAGGCUGUUAACCUUUGAGAAGCAGAACACCGUCUCCUUCCCCUGGAGAAUGUCUUUCUGAAGAUCAGAGUAUAUUCAUUGGUUUUACCGUUUCCUUCCUGACUGAUUAAAAUCAAAUACUUUCUGGUAUAUGUAAGGCAACUUUUGAUCACUGCCAUUUAAGUUUUGCUGUUCAAUAAAGAGCAUUCAGCAUUUUUUAUUAUUUCCUUGCUAUCAGCACCCAAAGAAGAAAUAAAUUUAGUUAAUAUACUGACUGAUGCUUUUAUCUAUUUGGAUACAUGUGUAAGACACACAGAGGCACGUUGGCAAGGAAGCAUGAGUGGAAAUAAGCUAUUAAGAUGUCCCAGAGCAUUCAUUUUUCAUUUGUAAUCUACCAUCCAAGAUACAUUUGCUUUGGAAUUGCCAGGUACCAUGCUACAUAAUGUAACUGAAAGCACUGAAGAUAAGGAAAGAAAGCCAUUGACAACGUGUGCUUUGGAUAAAAGCAUCUAUAAAAAUAAAUGUAACGACCGUAACAGGGACAAGACAAGCAUGAACAGUAACAAAUUGGGAAUUACCAGAAAGUUCUUGAAUACUCAAACUAUAGGAAAUGGAGCAGUCAGCCUCGGGGAGUGAAAUCCAAGCCAUUUUUUUUUCCUUUUUCUUGCUGAUCAUUUUAUUUUUACUAUGUGUUAACGUAUUUCCCAUUCCUAAUCUGCAUUCAGACAGACCAUUUUCUUUCUAAUAGAUUGCCAUAAUUUCUCUUUAUGACUUGGGCACCGAACCAGUUUAAGGAUGCUCCUAUUAAGAAGCAUUGAUGAUUAAGUCAGAAAUUUCUUUGAUGCAAUUUUAAUUUUCUGUGUAAAAUGUACAAGUUCCGUUUUUCUGAGCUCAAGGAAGAUCAAACUAAACUGCGUCUGUACUCAGGGCUCCAAGCCCUUUCUCAGUUAAUGUUUAGCUCUUACCUUUUCUCAGCAUUGCUCCUCUUUGAGCUUUACUCUCCUAGGUUUUAUCUUGCUGCUUUUCUUAUGU